AUGAUAAAUCAUCGAAAAUCAAUAUCACAAAUAAAACAUCUCGCAUCAAUAGAAAAAAAGUUGUUGGUAAAUGAAGCAACGGUCCAUGUAAAGAAUGAAAAUUACUAUAAAGCCUUAUGCUUAUACAAUAAAGUAAAAUCUGCGAACACUCAAAACGCUAUUGAUUCGAAAAUAAUGGGUAUUCUAAAUUCAACAAUACAUCAUCAUGAUCUAUUACAAAGUUACGUACGAGCGCCAGUAGAAAGCGCUUCAGGUUCAAAGCAAUUGGAAGAAUCGGAAAAUUUCGAUAAGAUUCCAUCUUCUUUGGGAACCUAUUUUGACAAAGAGCUAAACGAUGACGAUGAUAAAGAAAGUCACAUUGGCGGUGACAAAAAAGAUAGGAAAAAUAAGCAACGAGAGAGUAAAUCCAAUAAAUUAUCGGUCGAAUCAGAAAUGAACAUUCAAAAGAGAAAGAAAUGA